CUCCACUCAGGAAGACGUCAGGCCGGAACUGAGCCUUGCUCAGCAUCCUCCCUCCAGCCACCAAGGACCCCCAGGCCCUCCCUUUGGCCUCUACUCUGUCCUGUAUCCAUGUCUCUAAGGGUCUUCGUGUCUAACCCGACCCCCAGUCCCCAGAAUGUUCCUCCUGCUAACAGCACUUCAGAUCCUGGCUGUAGCCAUGGCACAGAGCCAAAGGGAAGAGAACAAGAUAAUUGGUGGCUAUACAUGCAUCCAGCACUCCCAGCCAUGGCAGGUAGCCCUGCUGGCAGGUCCCAUGCGUCGUUUCCUCUGUGGAGGGGCCCUGCUGUCAGACCAGUGGGUCAUCACCGCUGCUCACUGCGCCCGCCUGAUCCUCUGGGCAGCUCUGGGCAAGCACAACCUGAGGAGGCGGGAGGCCACCGAGCAGGUGCUGCGCGUGGCUCGCCAGGUACCGCACCCCCAGUACAACUCCCGGACCCACGAUAAUGACCUGAUGUUGCUGAGGCUGGAGCGGCCUGCUCGGCUGGGGAGGGCAGUGAGGCCCAUCACUGUGGCCCAGACUUGUGCCAGCCCAGGGACUUCUUGCCGUGUAUCGGGCUGGGGCACCACAUCCAGCCCCAUCGCCAGGUACCCCAAUUCUCUGCAAUGUGUGAACAUCAGCAUCGCCUCUGAUCAGCAAUGUCAGAAGGCCUAUUCUGGAGCCAUCACUGACGGCAUGGUCUGUGCCGGGGUCCCCCAAGGCGGGAAGGACUCUUGUCAGGGAGACUCUGGGGGACCCCUGGUGUGCAGAGGACAGCUCCAGGGCCUUGUGUCCUGGGGGAUGGAGCACUGUGCCCAGCCCGGCUACCCUGGAGUCUACACCAACCUGUGCAAGUACCACGAUUGGAUCCUGCAAACCAUGCAGUGCAAAUGA